CACAAAUAGCACCAAGAAAGUUUACACUUCCAACUCCCUAACCCCCACCCCACCCCCCUCCACCCCAACCUUCUCCUCCAUUUUUGUUUCUAUCAAUGGCUGAAAAUUGUUGCAGAUCUGAACUUUAUACUAAAAUGAGAACUCCAUAGAUUUUGUUGGUUACUUUGAUCCAUGAAGUUUCCUAUUAACAUAGAUUACAAGCUUCAAUCUUUGCUCUGUUUUUUCCUAUUUUGCCCCUUCAUUUUCAGCUGCAAUGUCUAAGAACAAUCAUCCGAUACCACUCGAAUCCGAAAAUCCUCAGAUCGAUAAUCCGGCGGUGGAAAACGGGUCACCGGUUGUUUACACCGCUACAACAGGCGGUGGGGCAUGCGAGCAUUUGUCGGAGCUCCGAUCCAGAGUCGGGUCGAACCCGUUUCUUGACUUACCGGACUGUGUGAAAGUCCGUCCAUUGGGUCGGGCCUCUAUUCGGAGGGAUCCGCCCCAGGCGUUGGUCCGGUGCGGUGUGUGUAGACAGGCGCCGCACCGUCUUUAUACUUGUGUCACGUGCGCCGCUGUGCUCUGUCACGUGCACGUGGCGUCGCAUCCGGAUAUGGAUGUGGAUGAUUCUGAUCGUUCACUGCAUUACAUUGCUGUGGAUAUCGACCGUGCUGAGCUCUUCUGCUGUGGGUGUAGGGACCAGGUGUACGACCGUGAUUUCGAUGCCGCGGUGGUAUUGGCGCAAACGGAGGCUGCUGUGGUUGGAUCAAUGCAAGAAACUCCAUUACUACCGGUGGAGAGUACGAGAAAGAGGCGGCGGGUGGAGUAUAAGCCAUGGACCCCCGAUGUGAAUGAACAAGUUUUAAUUGUUGGGAAUUCGAAUCCAUUUCCAAGUCAAAUGAGCAAUGAUACAGCAACCCCAGAAGUACAAUGGGGUUUGAGGGGACUUAACAAUCUUGGAAACACUUGUUUUAUGAACUCAGUACUUCAAGCAUUGCUUCAUACACCACCAUUGAGGAAUUACUUCCUUAGUGAUAAACAUAAUAGAUAUUUUUGCCAACGAAAGAAUAGUACUAUUGUAACAAGAAGUACUGAUAAUACAAACAAGAACCCUGUGUUGUGUUUGGCUUGUGAUUUGGAUGCAAUGUUUUCUGCUGUUUUCUCUGGCAAUCAGGCCCCUAUUAGUCCAGCAAAGUUCCUCUACAGCUGGUGGAAGCAUGCAUCAAAUCUUGCAAGUUAUGAACAGCAGGAUGCUCAUGAGUUUUUCAUUUCCGUGCUUGAUGGGAUUCAUGAAACAAUGCAGAAUGAUAAGGGGAAGGGCCCAAGUCCAGGCAGUGGAGACUGUUGCAUUGCUCACAGAGUAUUUUCUGGAAUCUUGCGGUCUGAUGUCAUGUGUACAGCUUGUGGCUUCACAUCUACUACAUAUGAUCCAUGCAUCGAUAUCUCCUUGGACUUGGAACUGAGCCAGGGGACUUCAGCAAAGGUGACAUCAAAGAAGUCUCAUAAAUCUCACAAGAAAAAAGAAGCAGAACCCGGAAAGUCUAGCCAAAAUGGUCGACUUUCUACGUUGAUGGGCUGUUUAGAUCAUUUUACAAGACCCGAGAAAUUGGGUUCUGAUCAGAAGUUCUUCUGCCAACAUUGUCAAGUGAGACAGGAAUCUCUUAAACAGAUGUCCAUAAGAAAACUGCCUCUGGUUUCUUGCUUCCAUAUCAAAAGGUUUGAGCAUUCUGUGAUUAAGAAAAUGUCGAGGAAGGUUGAUCACUACCUACAGUUCCCUUUUUCAUUGGACAUGUCGCCUUACCUCUCUUCAUCUAUCUUGAGGAGUCGAUUUGGAAAUAGAAUCUUCUCCUUUGAAGGGGAUGAGCAAGACACAUCCUGUGAAACAUCCUCGGAAUUUGAGUUGUUUGCUGUCAUCACUCAUACCGGUAAACUUGAUGCUGGUCAUUACGUUACAUAUCUGAGGUUAAGUAAUCAAUGGUACAAAUGCGAUGAUGCUUGGAUCACUCAGGUGAGUGAGAACAUCGUUAGAGCUGCACAAGGAUACAUGAUGUUCUACGUGCAGAAAAUGCUUUACUACAAGGCUAGUGAAAAUCAGGUUAGCUAGAAGGAAACUCGCGAAGUACCAAUGCAGCAACACCAGAUUGAAAUCACCCGUUAGCUCGCGAUAUGUAGACAUUUUUUGCUCCAUAGUGGUGUUGCUGCUGCUUUGAGUUUUCAAUUCUCAGUUGGAGUGUAAUCUUAGCCUGAAUUUUAAAAAGGCACACAUACUCUCCUACAUUCAGGAAAUUUUGGCAACAAAAAAUAUUAUCCCUUGCAAAAGAGAUAAUUAGUGUAACCUUUUCUAUUUUUUUGUGGCUAACCAUAGAUAAAUAAUAGUAAUAGCAACUUCAAAAUGAGAAGGAACAUGUUUCUUCUUUCAUGUCUUUUUUU